GGGUUUCUCUGUGUAGCCCUGGUUGUCCUGGAACUCACUCUGUAGACCAGGCUGGCCUCGAACUCAGAACUCUGCCUGCCUCUGCCUCCCGAGUGCUGGGAUUAAAGUUGUGCGCCACCACCGCCCGGUGCAUUAGUUACCUCUUGACUGUGUGAUUAAAUACCUAACAAUAGCAGCCUAGAGAGGAAGGGUUUACAUUCAACUCACUGUCCCUCUUGGUGGGGAAGCCAUCAAAGAGGAGAGGGAGGCAGCUGGUCACACUGUGUCCACAGUCAGGUAGCAGAGACCAGUAAACACCGAUGCUCAGGUGGAGUUCUCCUCCGUGUUCAGUCUGGGAGCCCACAACGCUGUCCACACGCUCCUGGGGCUGCCCACACGUAGGGUGGUUCUUCCGAACCAUCUAGAGCCUUCCUCCUGGACACACCCAGGGGGCCUGUUUUCACGGUGAAUCUUCUCAGGUGCUGUGAGUGGCUGAGAUGUUGCGGUGGAGGGGAGCCCAGGCCCCGUACUGUCUGGUUGGGACACCCCGAGAAGAGGGACCAGCGGUACCCUCGAAAUGUCAUCAACAACCAGAAGUACAAUUUCUUCACAUUUCUUCCUGGGGUGUUGUUCAGCCAGUUCAGAUACUUCUUCAACUUCUACUUCCUGCUUCUCGCCUGCUCGCAGUUCGUCCCAGAGAUGAGGCUUGGCGCCCUGUACACCUACUGGGUUCCUCUGGGCUUCGUGCUGGCUGUCACCAUCAUCCGUGAGGCAGUAGAGGAGAUCCGAUGUUAUGUGCGUGACAAGGAGAUGAACUCCCAGGUCUACAGCCGGCUCACGUCACGAGGGACCGUGAAGGUGAAGAGUUCAAACAUCCAGGUGGGAGACCUCAUCCUUGUGGAAAAGAACCAGCGGGUCCCUGCUGACAUGAUCUUCCUGAGGACGUCAGAGAAAAACGGCUCUUGCUUCUUGCGCACGGAUCAGCUGGAUGGAGAGACAGACUGGAAGCUUCGGCUCCCGGUGGCCUGCACACAGAGGCUUCCCACGGCUGCUGACCUCCUGCAGAUUCGGUCCUAUGUGUACGCUGAAGAGCCCAACAUCGACAUUCACAACUUCCUGGGGACUUUCACCAGGGAAGACAGUGACCCUCCGAUCAGUGAGAGUCUGAGCAUUGAGAACACGCUGUGGGCCGGCACCGUCAUAGCAUCAGGCACUGUUGUAGGCGUUGUUCUCUACACUGGCAGAGAACUGCGGAGUGUCAUGAAUACUUCCGACCCCAGAAGUAAGAUUGGCCUGUUCGACCUGGAGGUGAACUGCCUCACCAAGAUCCUGUUUGGUGCGCUGGUGGUGGUGUCGCUGGUCAUGGUGGCCCUGCAGCACUUUGCCGGCCGCUGGUACCUGCAGAUCAUCCGCUUCCUGCUCCUGUUUUCCAACAUCAUUCCUAUCAGCUUGCGUGUGAACUUGGACAUGGGCAAGAUCGUGUACAGCUGGGUGAUCCGCAGGGAUUCCAAAAUCCCCGGGACCGUGGUUCGUUCCAGCACAAUUCCUGAGCAGCUGGGCAGGAUUUCGUACUUGCUCACAGACAAGACAGGAACCCUGACCCAGAAUGAGAUGGUGUUCAAGCGGCUGCACCUGGGUACGGUGGCCUACGGCCUGGACUCCAUGGACGAAGUGCAGAGUCACAUCUUCAGCAUUUACACCCAGCAAUCCCAGGAUCCACCUGCUCAGAAGGGCCCCACGGUCACCACCAAGGUUCGGAGGACCAUGAGCAGCCGUGUCCACGAGGCUGUGAAGGCCAUUGCACUCUGCCACAACGUGACACCCGUGUACGAGUCCAAUGGUGUGACGGACCAGGCUGAGGCUGAGAAGCAGUUUGAGGACUCCUGCCGAGUGUACCAGGCAUCCAGCCCGGAUGAGGUGGCUCUGGUCCAGUGGACAGAAAGUGUGGGACUGACGCUGGUGGGUCGAGACCAGUCCUCCAUGCAGCUGAGGACCCCUGGUGACCAGGUCCUGAAUCUCACUAUCCUUCAGGUCUUCCCGUUCACCUAUGAGAGCAAGCGGAUGGGCAUCAUCGUGCGGGAUGAGUCCACGGGGGAAAUCACGUUCUACAUGAAGGGAGCAGACGUCGUCAUGGCUGGCAUUGUCCAGUACAACGACUGGCUGGAGGAGGAGUGUGGCAACAUGGCCCGGGAGGGACUACGUGUGCUGGUGGUAGCCAAGAAGUCCCUCACAGAGGAGCAGUACCAAGACUUUGAAGCCCGCUACGUCCAGGCUAAGCUGAGUGUGCAUGACCGCUCGCUGAAGGUGGCCACGGUGAUCGAGAGCCUGGAGAUGGAGAUGGAGCUGCUGUGCCUGACUGGUGUGGAGGACCAGCUGCAGGCAGAUGUCAGGCCCACGCUGGAGACGCUGCGCAACGCUGGCAUCAAGGUUUGGAUGCUAACAGGGGACAAGCUGGAGACAGCCACGUGCACAGCCAAGAACGCACAUCUGGUGACCAGAAACCAAGAUAUCCAUGUUUUCCGACUGGUGACCAACCGCGGGGAGGCCCACCUGGAGCUGAAUGCCUUCCGUAGGAAGCAUGACUGUGCCCUGGUCAUCUCUGGAGACUCCCUGGAGGUUUGCCUCAAAUACUAUGAGUACGAGUUCAUGGAACUGGCCUGCCAGUGCCCGGCUGUGGUGUGCUGCCGCUGUGCCCCAACCCAGAAGGCCCAGAUUGUUCGGCUGCUCCAGGAACGCACCGGGAAGCUCACCUGUGCAGUAGGGGACGGAGGCAAUGACGUCAGCAUGAUCCAGGAAUCCGACUGCGGCGUGGGCGUGGAGGGCAAGGAAGGGAAGCAGGCCUCGCUGGCAGCGGACUUCUCCAUCACCCAGUUCAAGCAUCUCGGCCGCUUGCUCAUGGUGCACGGUCGGAACAGCUACAAGCGCUCGGCGGCCCUCAGUCAGUUUGUGAUCCACAGGAGCCUCUGCAUCAGCACCAUGCAGGCUGUCUUCUCGUCUGUGUUCUACUUUGCAUCCGUUCCUCUCUACCAAGGCUUCCUGAUCAUUGGGUAUUCUACCAUCUACACGAUGUUUCCCGUGUUCUCCCUGGUUUUGGACAAAGACGUGAAGUCGGAAGUCGCCAUGUUGUAUCCUGAGCUCUACAAGGACCUGCUUAAGGGGCGGCCACUGUCCUACAAGACGUUCUUAAUUUGGGUGUUAAUCAGCAUCUAUCAAGGGAGCACCAUCAUGUACGGGGCGCUGCUGCUGUUCGAGUCGGAGUUUGUACACAUCGUGGCAAUCUCCUUCACAUCCCUCAUCCUCACUGAGCUACUGAUGGUGGCGCUCACCAUCCAGACGUGGCACUGGCUCAUGACAGUGGCCGAGCUACUCAGCCUGGCCUGCUACAUUGCCUCCCUGGUGUUCCUCCAUGAGUUCAUCGAUGUCUACUUCAUUGCCACCCUGUCAUUCCUCUGGAAGGUGUCCGUCAUCACCUUGGUCAGCUGUCUCCCCCUCUAUGUCCUCAAGUACCUGCGGAGACGGUUCUCCCCACCCAGCUACUCGAAGCUCACUUCCUAAAGCUGCAGGGCUGCCUCGGGCAGGGCCUCCGGCCUCCGGCGCUCUCCCAGGAGGAGGUCAAGUUCCACACGCACGAGCCGCCUCAGCUGGACGGUGCAGUCAUGGCUGGCACAUGAGGCUUCGCUGAGGCGACACUGGGCACCUAAUGGGGAUGGAACAUUGGUGGAACCGGAGGGAGGGGCCUGAGAGCUGUACCUAUCAGAACCUUGGGUGCUAAGCUGUGCUGAGGGGGAAGACGUGGGACCGGAUGGCCCGUCUGAGGUUUGUGGGGUCACUGUGCAAGCUUCCUUAUGGUUUGAACCUCUUGUCAUGUGAUAAAAGUCUCUGUCUCGAA